AGUAAUACUAUCACAUCCCUCAGUGCGCACCAGUACUACUCUCAGCCCCUUCUCACUGUCCCACCAAGGACUUUUUGGCUAGUGGAUCAAUGCAUAGUUUACUCACUGAGUACUCUGUCCUUAUUCUGCAUUUAACCUGUCCCCUGACUUGUGUUCCCUCAGGGAUGGAUUAAUGAGUUUAAUCCUUUAGCACACAAAGUUCUACAGUUCCAUUACUGGGAGUGCCCACGUCUUCGGCGUUCAGCAAGAUUUUAGCCUUGUACAACUGGAAGGAACUGGGAAAUUUACUCUUAAAUCUUCAGUUAUGAACAACCCUCUGUAGAUGCACAGGACACAUAAUGGAUAAAAGGGAAAAGACAUUCAUUUCACUUUAGAGAGAGAGAAAAGAUGUUCUUCAAAUGGAUUGUGCACUUAGCAGUUUGGUUCUUGGUGCAGGCAGUAACAGAAAAAUGCCAGAAAGCACAUAUGUCUUCAAACACUGCUUCUCAAGUCUCCUAUGGAUCUAAUAUCACCCUCUCAUGCCGGCUAACGCAACAGGAGCGAUGCAACAAGAUAGCCAUAUUCCAUAAUGGCUCUGACAUAAAAAGCAUUCAUGGCACUGAAAUAAGCACUGACAUUUCAGUUCUUGACUAUGGCAGACUUGUGUUUACUUGCAAAUUAUUAUGCGAGAACACAAAAAAGCUCAUUUGUGGAAUUGAUAUAGAAUCUGGAAAUCCUCCAGAUCAGCCAACAAAUGUAUCCUGUAUUCAGUUUGGAGAAGAUGGCAAUCCAACUUGCAGAUGGGAUAAAGGAAGAUUUACCCACAUAAACACUACAUACAUGCUGCAGCUGUCAAAUGGAAUGGAUAUCUUCAGUUUUUCAGAAAAGAAUGUGAAUAAUAAAUAUGGCUUACUGGAUCUGAGAAAAAAGCUGAAUUUUGAAUCCAGUUACACAGCUGUGGUUGCUGCUUCAAAUGGGCUGGGAAGUGCUUUUUCAAAGCCACUCACAUUCAUGUUAAUAGACAUAGUGAAACCUCACCCCCCAACAGAUGUUAUAGUGAAAUUUGACAAUAAUUCUGCAACAAAUUGCACCAUUGUGUGGCAGGAUCAACAAUCGACACAACACUUUAGACUGAGAUAUCGACAAGUUACCAGCCAGCAGUGGACUAUGGUUAACUGGUUAAGUACUAGAAGAUACAGCUUGCAAGAUCUGAAGCCAUAUACAGAGUACGAAUUUCAGGUUAGCUGCAGGUUUCAUCCCAGCCGUGGAAUAUGGAGUGACUGGAGUACAUUUCAAACACAGACUUCGGAAGCUGAGCCAGUUGGGCUGUUAGAUGUGUGGUACAUAAUGCAGGAUACAGAUUCCCAAAGACAAACUGUUACUCUCUAUUGGAAGGCUUUAAAUGAAUCAAAAGCAAGAGGAAAAAUCCUGCAUUACAGUGUGACCUUUCAAGAAAACAGCCACAAAAGUCCUAAAGCAGCAGAAGUGAACACUACCACACAAACUCACUAUAUUAAGGUUAUCCCCAAGAUGAACUAUCACAUAACGGUCUGUGCUCAUAACUCAAGAGGAAUCUUUCCUCCUACAUCCAUUGAUACUCAUCUGAAUGUUUCAGAUUUACCUCCUCAGAGCGUCUUUGCUACAUCAAAGGGGAACGACAGCAUCUUUGUCACUUGGGAGCCUCCCAGUAAUCCUUCAUCAUUCAUCAAUGGAUACAUAGUGGAAUGGGUAAGAAGUACCAGCUCCAGACGCCAUCUAAACUGGAUAAAGCUUCUGGCAUCUGACUUGUCUACAGUCAUUUCGGAGAACAUAAAGCAUUGUGCAUGCUAUCGCAUCAAUGUAUUUGCACUUUAUAAAAAUAGAGCUGGACAAGUGGCUUCAACCAGGGGAUACUCGAGACAGGAAGCACCGGCAGCUGGACCCCAGGUUUCCGCAACAGUAGAGGCAGACGGCGCUUGGGUUUCAUGGGAUGAAAUCCCUGACCAUCAGCAAAUGGGCUGCAUCACCCAUUACAACAUAUACUUGCAGAACAGAAAUGCAGAAGUGGCCCCCAAGUUGUACAGCAUUCGUCAAGAGAGUUCCAUAGAUUCGUUUUAUAUCAAAAAUUUACAACAAGGUGUGACAUAUAGCUUGUGGAUGACAGCUUCAACACUGGCUGGAGAAGGUCCUAAAGGAAACGAAGAACUGGUUUACCUGGAAAGUACUUCAGAAUGGACUCUUAUUUUCUCCAUUUGUAUCUUCAUUAUCAUCUCAGUCUGCGUGUGCUCUGUGCCGUGUAUUAAGAAAGUAUUAUGCUCCCUCUUUUCCACCUUUGUACCUCAGUGGUACAGCAAAGCCAUUCCAGAUCCAGCUAACUCUUCAUGGGCUAAGAAAUUCACAUCUGUGAACGAUGAACUAAGUUUGUAUCCCAAACCAUUCCUGAGCAAUUUGAGCAGUUUUGAGGAGCCUGAAACUAUAGAAGUAGAGGAGGUCUUUAUAAAAAGAGAAUCUCUGGCUUUCCAGGACCAGCUCAUCUUCAACAAUAAAAGCAAUGGAAGUCAAGAUUGGCAAAUUGGUAGCUUUGAGAAGCAGAACUCUGCUAAAAAGAACUCUGAAUGCAAACCUUUGGCAACAAGCAUAGCAGAUGAUGGAGAUAACUAUGGGUGUCAGCUUCCCUACCUGUACAAAAAACUAGCUGCAGAAGAAACGGAACAGAUUCAAACUAUUUCUGAUUAUCUUCCCAAUCCACUUAUAGACACAACGGUGAAUUAUUUGCCUUCAAAUAUAUUAGUGUCCACAGUGGAAUAUAAUGAAGAUAACAGUGAACUUGAAUACAAUUCAAUCUCUGUUUUCCCAACCACCUCUCUUCUGACCCCAGUGUUUUCUGGUGGAGGAAAACUCACAUUGGAUGCAAUAAAAGUGGACUGCAGUUCUUUGAAAGGGUAAGUUGGCAAAGCAUCUCUAAGAUUCUGGCCUCAUUUUGUGCACUUUAGUCAGAUCCACAAAUACCAUAAUGUUAUUUUUAGAGUUAAUUAUGUAACUUAAAUGUAGAGGUGCUAAAUCCAAAAACAUCAAGAAAACUCUGGACUUCUUCGGAAUUGCUUUAAACGCCUUGCUUUGCAACGCUGUUUUGAAGUCUUACAAGAACCUACUCUUCAAGAGCAGUGAUGUGUUCCUACAGAUCUGAAGCUGAGUGUGCCUUACUUUAAGGUACAAGUAUCGUACUCAACUGCCAAGUCAGCUUCACUAAUCACAAGCUUGUUAUGUUGUGUUGCCUCAGACCCAGCCCAGAACGUGGACAGUGUCCAACAUAAAACCCCUGGAAACUGGAAAAAGAUGGGUUAAAUAUUUGUAAGAAAGAAUGAAACAAACUCCGAAAAACCCAACAAGAUGGUUUUAAUCAAGCAUUACCAGUCCAAGAAACAGAGUGAAGUUUACAUUAAAUAUUUACAUUUAGCAUUAAUACUGAUUUUAUAAUCUUGUGUCCUUGUAUCCAGUUUGUGAGAUGGUCUGUCACUAGAUAUAAAGGAAUAUAUCACAAGCUACUGUGUAAUUUAAAUACUCUUGUCCUGUGCUCUAUGCCUGUACUACUUGUUUUAGAUAUAUUCCUUUGGUGUUCAAUAAUAUUUGUACAAUUCAUAAUAUGGCAAAAGAAUAAGUAGAAUCAUGCAAGAAUACAGCUGGAAGGGAUUUCAGAUGGCUCAAGGCAGAAUCUGCCCCAUAUCUAAACCACCCCACAUAGGAGUUGUACUUGUACUUAAACACUUACAGCAGCCCAGUCCCCAGAGAUAAUUUGUUUUGGUGCUUCAACAACCCCAUAGAUAGUUCUACUUAACAUCCAACCUACAUUUUCCUCGUUACAAUUUAAGAAUAUUACCUCUUGCCCUGCCUCCUGUAUACACAGUAUGUAAUACAAAGUGGGUAGUAAUGUAACAAGCCAUUUUGUAUUUGAAGAUUUAUUUUAUCUCCCAUCCUUUCCUUCUCCAGAUUGAAGUGCCAAGUCUUUCACCUUUCCUUGUGUCAUGUUUACUAGACCUCUAAUAAUUUUUGUUGCUCUCCUUAAAGAACAUAAUAAAUGCCACAAAGUGUCAUACCGCAAGUCCAUCUAUCCCAGUAGCCUGUACCUCAGUGACAGACAAUGGAUCCCUAAGGGAAAAAGGUAUUUAUGCAGGACCUAGCCAAACUAAUCUCUACUCUGCCUCUCUUCUCCUACAGCUUCCAGGGGCCUAGAGUCCUAAGCUGGAGGUUACACCAUUAUCAGAUUUAAUACCCUCUGGUGGACAUUUCCUGCAUGAAUUUGGCCAAAAUUAGCCUUUCCAAAACCUUGUGCCAAUGAGUUCCACAAGUUAAUCCUACCCUGCAUGAAAAAUAAGAGGAAAAAAACACUUCCUUUUGCUUAUUUUAAAUCUGCUAAGAGUCCUCUGGACUCCUUCCAGGUUUACAAACAUUUUUUUCCAAUGAUUCCUUCAGCCAAUGCAAGGCAUCGCGGGGAAAAGCAGUAAGAGCUUGGCAUAAAAUCUUUCUGGACCACUGUAUGGCAGCAGCAUGUGGGAGGGGGAAUUCAGACCAUCCUCUUUGGAUCAGCCCUUUCAGCAGAAAUAGGGGCCAUAGAAACCCUUCCCAUACUGUAAAUGUCCCUGUGGGGCAGAGGGGGAGGCAGAGAAGUGAGCAGAAAGCAGCAGGGGAGUGAGUGCUAAUUAAAAUCUAAUUAAAUUCAUUGCCUUUGAGGGGGUUGUAGUGAUACC